GUAGGCUAUACUCCAUGCCGGUGGGGUGGAUAUUUGGACAGAACACAGGAAUUGAUCCCUUGAUUGGGUGACUGAGCUACGCUGGGGACUCUUCACGUUGGGAAUAGCAGCCAAUUCGAUGGAUUUCAGGCGCGCAGAAUGAACCGCGAAAGGGAAAGAUGGGACGUGGGCACGCCGGGGACUUUGUUGGCAAUUUUGUGGAAUUCACGCAGCGGCACUAUGGAGCCUUUAUUUUCUCUGAGCUGCUCUCAGAAGGCCUUCACAGAGGUGAAGGAAGUUAUGUGAGCUGAGCUUGCAGUAGAAUGGUCCUCCUCGGAUGGGGCUCUGAGGGAAGGCGAUGGCAGCUUUUCACCACAGCAACCCAACGGACAGGGACAUCAGGAGAGUCCUCCAAAAACUUCUAAUCAUGCUCUCUCUGGGAAUCAUCUGUGUCGCUCUCUUCUACUUCCUCGCGGGAUGCUGCGAGUCGGACAUAAGUGAAAACUCCAUCUCCCACAGACCCGCCAGUGAGUUUAUCUUAUCGGGAUGGUAUCAUGACAUAAACGGGAAGUUGUAUAAGGACUUUGUAAUGGUACAGGAUGAAGAUGGAUACCCAGGAGCCGGGGAGGGGAGCACAAUAAUACCGUUUUUGGAGACUAAUAACUCGGAUAAAGAUUGGAAGGCGACACGGCGGUUACCCCAAGCUCUCAUUAUAGGGGUGAAGAAGGGUGGCACGAGGGCUCUUUUGGAGUUUCUCAGGCUGCACCCGGACAUCCGCGCGCUGGGCUCUGAGCCGCACUUCUUUGACCGGCAUUACGCACGAGGCUUGGACUGGUACAGGAGUAUGAUGCCCAAGGCCUUGGAUGGCCAGGUCGUCGUGGAGAAGACACCGCGUUAUUUUGUUACCGUGGAGACCCCGGGACGUGUACACUCCAUGUCGCGUGACGUGAAACUGAUUGUGGUGGUCCGAGACCCUGUGACCCGGGCCAUCUCUGACUACACCCAGAUCAUCUCCAAGACCCCCCACAUCCCCGCCUUCGAGACCCUCGCCUUCAAGAACCGCACCAAUGGUGAGAUAGACUCUCUGUGGAGCCCUCUGUGGAUUGGACUGUACGCCCAGCACCUGGAGCGCUGGCUGGCCUGGUUCCCCCGAGCCCAGAUCCAUCUGGUCAGUGGGGAGGGCCUCAUCUCCGACCCAGCUGGAGAACUAGGAAAGGUCCAGGACUUUCUGGGCCUACAGAGGAUUGUGACGGACAAGCACUUCUACUUCAAUAAGACUAAAGGUUUCCCCUGCCUGAAGAAACCGGAGGGCAGCAGCAAGCCCCACUGCCUGGGAAAGACUAAAGGCCGGACACACAUCUCCAUUGACCCGGAAGUGAUCCGGAGACUGAGGGAGUUCUACAGGCCGCACAACCAGCGGUUCUACCAGAUGACUGGCCAGAACUUUGGAUGGCAAUGAGGACUCAGUAGGGAUACCAAGGUGAAACAUGCAUCCAGAGUAGCAAAGACACUCAGGCAUGGUUCACAGGGACAGACAUGAAUGCCAUUUUGGACAUGCGGGACAAAUCUAACAAGACCAACUACAAUCCACAGUAUGUGCUCUCUGAUUACAACCUCGUUGAUGCCUGGCGAGCACAUAAUCCUAAAGCAAAAGAGUACACUUUCUACUCAAACAGGCAUAAAUCAUUCUCACGAAUCGAUUUCAUAGUGUUAUCUACAGCUCUAUUUUCUUUAAUCAAGAAAAUAGAAAUUCGACAUAUGAGCUUGUCUGACCACUCUGCUUACUACUGCCAACUUCAAAUUUCAGAAUCUCCUAAAAGACCCACACGAUGGCGUUUCAACGUUUCAUUGCCACAAAAUCCUACAUUCUGUGAUCAAUUUGAAAUUGAGCUAAAUUCAUUCAUAAUGAUCAAUAAAAAUUAGGUUGAUGACCCCAGGAUUCUAUGGUAUGCCACCAUAGGUUUUUCUUAAAGAUAAUACAUUUGUAUCUGGGUUGAAUAAAUCACAAUUAAAGAAGAUAUCAGAAUUGGAAAUGUUGUUAACUGUUAGAGCAUUCUCAACAAACACUCUUUUCAGACCAGGUAGCUAUUACUCUUUCCAAAGUCAAGACAUAACUUAAUUUAUUGAUAAGACAGAGAGCAGAAUUUGCCAUCCAUUGAGUAAGACUCAACCAUUACUUCCAUGGUAAUCAUCCCAGUCGUUUACUGGCCAACAAGCUACGCAGUAAUAAAUGAUUAGCUGAUAUAGCAACUAUUGAAUCUGAAACAGGGGAAUUACUAUCAGAACCCAAAUUAAUCAAUCAAAGAUUCUCCUGCUUUUAUAAAUAACUGUACACCUCCGAUUGUAAAUCCACACCAAGUCCUUUCUAAAAUAAUAAAGAACUCUUCUCUCAACAGAGGAAGCCACCUCACUGGGAUCCCAAAUCUCUCUCAAUGAACUCAAAGGGGCAUUGGAUAGCAUGAAUAAAGGCAAAUCACCUGGAUGGGACGGUAUUCCUCCUGAGGUCUAUUUAACAUUUUGGAAUCAAUUAGGUCCACUAUUGCUCGAAAUGAUUAAUAAAGCCGUUCACAAUGGUUCAUUUGGAAGAGAUGUGAACACAGCACUAAUUUCACUUUUAUUAAAAAAAGGUAAGGAUGCCACCUGUUGUUCUCAUUAUUGCCCCCUAUCUUUGAUAAACCCAGAAAUGGCUACAUACAGAGUAAUGACAUAGACACAUACAGAGUAAUGACAUAGACA